UCUGCAGUCUACUUCAUCACUGAAAAGUAUAAGGCUUCAUGUCUGCAUGAUAUAGGUGUGUACUGCAUCAAACCAAUGAAGAGCUCUUACUAUUUUGUUAACCAGGAGGACCUACUGGAUUAUUACCCUCUGCCUCAGUAUGUAAUUUGUGACAUGGCACUAAUUGUUCUCCACCACUCUUUUCCCUCUUUGUAGUGCAAUGAGCAUUGUGAUUGAAGACCUGAGGAGCAUCAUCCUCAGAACUUUGCCUACAAUUUCAAAAGACACUGAACAGGCGUUGAUAGAUAAACUGUUGAUCUCUGGACUAGAGUCAACACAAGACCUUAAAUAUGUUACUCAAGAAGAUAUUUCUGACCUGCUGCCAGCCAUUCAACUAAGGAAGCUUCUGGAAGCAUUUAAAAAAGAGACAGAGCUGGUCACUUUGGAUUUACAAAUCAUUGCUUCCCCCAUACCAGAAGUCAGCACUCCUUUAGUCUUUUCUUCAUCUAGUUCAUCAAGUGUUCAAGAAUCAAGCAGCUCUGAAGACUCUGCUUCAUCCUCCCAGAUCAAAAAAACAUGGCCAGAAACAUUUGAGAUUCCAUGGGCUGCCAUGCCCGAGGACAUUCAUUUAGCCAUAGGUAAUGGCAAAAGACCUUCACCGGCAGCUCGGAGACAGAUGGUUAGAAUUUUGGUCGAUGAGAUGAGAAAGUACGAGCUUAACCCAACAAGCUCACAGUGUAUCACUAUCUGCCAGAAGAUCAUCCGCCAGUAUCCUCAGAGUUUUGCUGAUGUCCGUGACAGUGGUCAGCUACUAGGAAAUGGUUAUACCUCACUGUUAAUUCAACUUAAAAAUCGAAUUGAAAAUCUGAACCGCACCAGCAGCUUUCGUCAACAUCGUUCAUCUGGUAAUGGACUAAAGAGAGGGCCCACUGAUACAUACGGCUGUACCAGAUUUCAGCCUGACCUUCCCCCAGAGGAGACAAAUGAAACAGUAGAGCAGAAACGUCAGCGGCUGGAGGAGAUAUACUGCCGAGAAGGAAUAAAUGGUGGUGAAAGAGCAGAAGUUAACCAACUCAUGGAAACAACCUUCUGCCUCCAGCGGCGCCAAAUAAAUAUAUUACCAGCACCAGCAAUCUCAGAUUUAAAAGAGCAGUGGCCAUACCUUUUCACUCAAAAAGGCCUUUAUGCUCAUUUUGAGCUUCUUACAGAUAUAAAAGUUCUGCAUGCUCUAGAGCUUUCCAUGGAGGAGUGUGGGAGAGCUAUUUUGGAGUUCUUCAGCAACAAACCAACCAAUGCAGAUGUCAAGGCAGUCCUUUCUCUGCGCUCAGACCUUGAACUGUCCUUCUGCGUCAUUCAACUUCUGAUGGCUCACUUCUCUGAGACCCAGGAAGGGCUGAUCCUUUUUGCAAGUGUAGGUUACUAUUUUUUGAAUUUUCUAUUGUGGUAUUAUCCUAUCAUACAAAAUAGACAUGGUCCAAAGUCAUUAAUGGUAACUGUAUUUUAGGCAACUUCCACUGCAGCUGAUGUUGAAAGGACACUUGAACUACCUCAGACCUGCAAACUUGUCGCUUUUCGGCGACAAUCGCCGUUUUCUUGGUCAAUUGGGUCAUUCACGUGAAUCGCGUAGA